UCUUAAUCAUGAUUCGUACCCUGUCUAUUGCAUGUGCUAUCUCCACAGGACGUAUUUAUAUAUCCUUCCAGCUCGUUCGCGUUGCCUCAGAUAUUCUGCUGGUACAUAUCUCUGAGUGACGAAGGUGAUUACCGUAUCAGUUUCUAACAGCUGAUAUCGUAUACGGGCUCCUCAUCCUCAUACCAUUUCUGUUCAUCCUCCGACUGUGCUUUCAAUAUGGUCCUUGGUGCUUUGACGGCUUUCAUAGCGGUUUUUCAGCUGCUCGCCCCUGCAUCAGCAUUUAGGCAGCCCUACGAGUAUUUGGAAGCGAUCCAAACAUUCGCUGUUGCGUUCACUAACCCCUCCUCCGUGAUCAAUGGCUCAAUUUCGUCUCCUCUUGCGGAGAAUGUCGUUGGACGCAUUGAUGUCACGACAACCUUCGUCGGUCAAGAGCUCAAUACGGAAUAUUUGUUCGGCCUAUUCGUCGAGGGUGCAUCAGAGAACUCAACUCAACUCAUCGGUUCCCCUUCGUCAUAUACCACCCAAUCGCUUGUAGUCGAGCCACCCAUCGUCGCCGUCAGUCUGGUAAACAACCUCAUCUAUCCGACCAUCAACUCCUCCUUCCCGCUCCAAAUUGACUUGUUCAUAGCAUUCGACGACGACAUGAAAAUUAUCUCCUACGAUGCUAUUCUCCGCCGCUGGAGUGAAUUUUUUACCUAUGUUGUCCCGUUACUAGCCCCGCAGAUCGCUAAGGAGCUCAACUCAACAACGACAAAUACUACGGAGCUCAUUACGAUGAAGACGGCGAUAGACGUAUGCGGAAUGUCCACUGAAUAUUGCACUGGCGACAAUCAGGUAUACGACUCGAACGAUGCGUGUAUGGAAUUUAUGUCCCAAAUUGCGUUCGGAAACCCUUGGGAAGGAGGAAUGGAUAAUGGAUGGUGCCGGUACAUUCACAAAAAUAUGGUAAAGUAUAGACCUGAAGUGCACUGUCCUCAUAUUGGCCCCACCGGAGGCGAUAUGUGCAUUGCCAGGGACUACGUCCAACUCACCGAAGAUAUGCCCUUCAAUAGCACCCUUCUCUCCUAUAACGCAAGCUAUAACGCUCUUGACCUGAAGAAUGUUCCAGACCGCAAUCAAAACGAAUUAGUUGCAAUCGAGACUGAGAUCGUUUACAUGACCACGGUCGCCUUCUACUCCGUGUCAUGCGUGCUCUACAUGCUCCUGUUGUAUGUCAUGGCAAAAGUUAUCGAAAUCUCCUUCGGCCGCUUUUCCUUGUCCUAUCGCUCUAUGUCGAUCACAAACCAGCGGAACUCGGUAACAUACGUUAUGGACAUACUCUUGACCGGGGGGGCUCUUCUCUUUCAACUCAUUUCUUCACCUGUACUCAACAAUCGCUACACAUUCGCUGCAUCUGGUAUGCUCAAACUCGCGGCAUUGAUCAUAUCUGGGCUAUACAUAUUCGAGCUCACGUACCGUAUCACCAUGAGAUGGCCUCUUAUGUCCCAUCACUUUUGCACCCGGCGUUAAUGGGAGUAGGGGAGAUCUGGCUAUUUCAGGC